AUUGUCGGAAAGCAAAGUUUUAUUUUAAAUAAGUAAUAGAAUAUUUAAUAAAAUUCUACCUCAGUCAUAAUUUACAACUAUUGUCUAAUUGCACAACAUGUAUUCUUUUCACUGGAGUUCGACUUAAAUCUAUAAAAUUUAUCUACCAAAAAUUCAGUGCACAGUGAGAGAUCGAUCGCAUUUGUGUGAAAAUGUCUCAUGUACAGUACACGAUGCCUGGUGAUCCUCGUUUGGUCGAUCAACUAGUCUACGAGCUCAAGUCCAAGGGUAUAUUUGAUAAGUUCCGCAAGGAGUGCAUGUCGGACGUGGACACGCGGCCCGCGUACCAGAACCUGCGGCAGCGCGUGGAGGGCUCCGUGGCGGGCUUCCUCGCGCGCACGCCGUGGCGCCCCGGCCUCAACAAGAACCAGCUCAGGGAGAAGCUCCGGAAACACAUACUUGACGGCAACUACCUGGAGCAGGGCGUGGAGCGCAUCGUGGACCAGGUCGUCAACCCCAAGGUGGCCUCCGUCUUCAUACCACAGGUAGAGGAGCUGGUGUACAGCUACCUGGGCAUCCCGCGGCGGCGCGGCGCGGGGGCGGCGGGGGGCGCGGGGGUGGCGGGGGGCGCCGGGGGGGCCGCGAGGGGCGCGGGGGGGCUGCUGCCGCCCGACCUGGAGGCCGUGAGCCCCGGCUCCGUGCACAGCGACGAGGACAACAAAGAGGAGCAGGCCAUGGACACUUCUUCCACCGACCCCGGAGACAAGAUGGAAGUUGACGUCCAAGCGAAGGAGGAAAUCAAAGACGAAGUGACUGAAGCGGAGAAGGAGGAGACGCAGCUGUCCGGAAUUAGUGACCUUACGUCUCACGGCUCUGAUAGUGCAGAUGUAGAACACAAGCCAGAGAACAAGCUCGCCGGGUACACCAUACCCAAGAUAGAUCUCGCCAAGAUUGAACUGCCCAAGGACUCCGAUAUACCGCUGCCCGAUGCACCCAUGCCUGAAGACAAUGACGUGCCAGCGCCAGACAAGGACGAGAAGACGUUUAAACCUAUCAACAGCGAUGACGAAGAUUCCAGCUCCGACUCGUCAGAUCUGAGAAGAAAUAUGUCGCCGCUCACUCCAGUGAGAAACUUCGAUGACGAGAACUCUUGCGACGCGCAACAAGCCUUCGAGGACAAUCCGCGGGAAAUCAAACAUGAAGACAAUAAAGAACCGGCCAACUUCAGGUUCUCCAUUGAAUCCAAGUCCGAUGAAAACAAUUCCGAUGUUAAAACUGAAAAAAAAGAAGCGGAGAGUACAAACUUGGCAUAUCAGUUCGAGAAUCAAGUGAACAUAAACAAGUUCGCCACGCCAGUGUACGAGGAGAGUUCAAACAGCAACAAUCUGCAGAUAGAUUACGAGAGUGACGCCAACAGCAAGACCAACACUGAGGUGAAACCACCCGUGGAACCAGAGCAGUCGUCACAGGAUGUGAAGAAGAAGGAGAGAAAGUCGGAGGAGAGGAAGAGUUCUCACAAGUCGUCGAGUCGCUCUCGAGACUCGCGCCGCCGCUCCGAGUCCAAGCACUCCCGAGACAAGCGAGACGACAAGAAACCUCGCGACGAACACAGCUCCAAAUCCAAGUCAUCAUCGAGCCAUCGCGACAGAUCGCGCGAUAGGAACGACAAGAAAGACGACAGAGAGUCGUCGAGACAACGGACCAGCUCGUCACACAAGAGCUCGAGCCAUCGCUCUGGACACCGACACUCCAGCAGACCUGACGAUAAAAAGUCAUCUUCCAGCAAUCGGGACAGAAGCGAAAAAUCCAGCUCUAAAGACCACAGAUCCUCGAGAGACUCUAAAAGCUCCCACAGGUCAGACAAGGACAGGAAGAGCAGCGGUUCCAGUAGCCGGAGCAAGAACGAGAAGGAUAAAGAGAAGAAGGAGAAGAAGGAGCCGGACGACCACCACAGCGCGUCGGGGCGGGGCCGCGCAAGGAGGGACACCGACCGGGACUCCAACGACGGACACAGCUCAUCUUCCAAGUCCUCACACAACCACGUCAGCUCUAAAACCACCGACAGCAAGAAGGAAAACAAGGACGGGUCAAAGCCGAGUUCUACCAGCAGUGGUACUAGUCCGAGCGACGGCGAGCGGCGCCCCACGGGCGGCUCGCGGGCGCGGGACGCCCUGCUGGCGCGCCGCGUCGUGCGCGUGGAGCACCUGGACGCCCCGCCCCCCUCCCCCCGCCUCGCCAUGCCCGAGGUCGUGCUAAAAAAGCCUAAAUUCGCCUCGAAUCUACAAGAAGCGCGGCAAAUGAUGAAGAUGCGUAAGUUCUUGGAUGAGGAGCAGCGGCGGAUGAACCAGGAGGCGGCGCUGCUGCUGGAGUUCCAGGCGCAGGAGCGUCCCCCCGGCCCCCGCGCCCCCGGCCCCCGCACCGCCCCCCGCACCCCCUGCGGUCCCGAGCUAGAGUUCGCAUGUGUCAACCACGCAGAAGACAUCUCACAUGUUGAUACUGUCGCACAAGAAACGGAGACUGAGCAUAGGGUUGAGGAUCAGGAAGCACAGAGAACAAACACAGACGUGAUGUCUUUCAAUGAUGAGGAGGAGACCAUAGAGUCGAUCGCGGAAAUACAGAAGGAGGUGGAUAAUAUCACUAAUUUCAUGGACACUGACGAGGAGAAUAGCAGUAUGGAGGCAGAUGGUAACGUCACUGCUUACGAAAUAGAGACAAAGACGGAUUACUUUGCGCAGAUUGAAGAAAAUAACAAAGAGGCUAACACGAAUCUUAACGAUUUCAUAGACAAGAAGAUGAUUAAUGACAUAAUCGGGGUCCCGGAAGAGAUGCCCGCGGUAGAACAGAACGGCGAAUUACAGUUCUUCGGUCAACUGGAGAAAUACAACGCUGAAUUAUACAGCGACCAAUACUCCAAGUUCCUCAAAGCGUUCACAGAGAACGCAACUAGAAAACUGUUUCUUGUCAACUGCGACAUUUACAACGAAAACGUGUUCAAAAUGGCGGCACAAGAACUGGGCGGGUACGACGUCGUAUCCUUACACAAGAAUGGCCACAUCAAGCUGCCUAAAGCUACAAUAGACAUAGACUUCACCAACAAAGAAAUAGUCAUACCAAUAAAGACCGAAGAAGCGAUGAAAUCACCUUCAGAGUGUAUUCAGUUGUUAAGCCCCGCGCGGUCCGACAGAUCGCUGGACGUGUCGGGCGACUGCGCGGGCCGGUUGGACGACUGGUCGGGCGACUACGCGGCCAGGUUGGAAGACAUGUUGACCACCACGUCUCGCCAGCAGGUCAUGGAGAUCAUACUCGGCGGGGUUAUAGCGGACGGGUCUCCGAGCAAGAUGCCUCGGAUCGCGAUCUGUGCAGAGAGCCGCAUUGAGACUUCCCACAAGCGCAGUGGUGACCCCGACGUGGAGUUGUCCCUAGCCGGGUGCAACCGCAGAGACCCGGACAAUACAUCCCUAGCGAGCAAGUGUAAUGGUGACCCCGACAUGGAUCCAUCCCUAGCGGCGAUCAAGCGGAGUGGUGACCCCGACAUGGAUUCACCCCGAACGGGGAUCAAGAGGAGUGCCGGUGGUGACCCUGACAACAACAACCGACAGGUGCUCACGCCGAACAAGAUCAGGAAGAUCAGUGGCUCGGAUCAAAUCACUUCCACUACAGAAGAAACAGAGGAGCUCACAAACAGCCUGAGAAGCACGAACAUCAUCUCGAAGUCCAAGUACCUGGGCAAGGCGCGGCGCGUGGGGCUGCCGCGGCCACGGAAGACAGUGCACGCCAACAGCCCGUCGAGCGACAAGUCGGUGGAGAACUACGAGGACUCCCCCCCGCCCCCGCGCCGCGCCCCCCGCGCGCCCGCGCAGCGCUACGACACCAGCGACCUCUACAAGCCGAAACUGCACUUCCUGUCGCGCCGGAACAACGUCACUUAGGCCGCGGCCGCCAUCUUGUUCUUAGAAUUUCGAAGGAUGUCGGGACGUUGAUUGGCCGCGAGCCAGACGGCACAGUGCUGCGCUCUAGUGUGCAUACAUUUGUCAUGAGUCAUGAGGAUAGAAAUAAUAGUCGGGUUUGGAAAUGAGUGAAGAGAUACUUGGUGGUGAAAUGGCGCACUUCACAGCUGUACUACCUCUGUAUUUUGAAUAUUUAAUAUGAUUUGUAAAUUCGGAUAAAGGGUGAAGAUUAGAUAGUUGAGAGUUUGAGCGUAUUGUAACAUGAUUGUAACCGUCCUUGUAAGGCACGUAACACGUAAGUAUAGGAGGGAAUUGAAUAGGAAAUAAUAUUGUCCUUGGUUAUUCCUCAAAGCAUGAAGACGUCUAUAACCAUGGAAUCCUGUCGGUACAUCAUUCGAAAGUGUGGGUCAUACAGCAUUUGAUGCUUUAUUCACGAGGGUUGUGUCCAGCAGUGGAUAAUGAUGACAAAUAAGUAAAUGUC